AUGGCCUACAACAACGGUCGGGGAGGUGAUUUCGAGGGUCACCGGAUGCAAGACCUCAACCCCAAUGGCCAGUACCACAUGCCCCCAGGAGAGGAACAUGAAGACGAUGUCCAACGCUCUCUGCUCGGCCAGGCCCCUGCUGCCUACGACCAAGAUCGGUUGGGAGCUCACACUCCCCCGGUCAGACCCGUCUCGGCCUACAGCCUGACCGAGUCCUAUGUCCCGGGUGCCCCCACCACUCGGCCGGGAGUUGCGGUGCCCAAUGCCCCCUCUCCCUUCCAGAACGAAUAUGGCCAGUCGAGCCACUACGGCAACGACAUGCAGGACCCUUCGGGCGGCUUCGCCAUGGGCCGGCCGGCCUCCACGGUUGGCGACGUCGAUGAGAGCUGGCUGCAGCGCCAACAGCAACCCGCGGGCGGGUUGAAGCGCUACGCCACUCGGAAGGUCAAGCUCGUCCAAGGCUCCGUUCUCAGCAUCGACUACCCCGUCCCCAGUGCCAUCCGCAACGCCGUCCAGCCCAAGUACAGGGACGUCGAGGGCAACAACGAGGAGUUCACCAAGAUGCGGUACACGGCCGCCACCUGCGACCCCAACGACUUCACCCUCAAGAACGGCUACGACUUGCGGCCUCGCAUGUAUAACAGACACACCGAGCUGCUCAUUGCCAUCACCUACUACAACGAGGACAAGGUCUUGCUGUCCCGCACGCUGCACGGCGUCAUGCAGAACAUCCGAGACAUUGUCAACCUGAAGAAGUCGACCUUCUGGAACAAGGGCGGCCCUGCCUGGCAGAAGAUCGUUGUCUGCCUCGUCUUUGACGGUAUCGAGAAGACCGACAAGAACGUCCUCGACGUCCUCGCCACCAUUGGCGUCUUCCAGGACGGUGUCGUCAAGAAGGAUGUCGACGGCCAGGAGACUGUCGCCCACAUCUUCGAGUACACCACCCAGCUGUCCGUCACCCCGAACCAGCAGCUGAUCCGCCCCAUGGAUGACGGCCCCUCCACCCUGCCCCCCGUCCAGUUCAUCUUCUGCCUGAAGCAGAAGAACAGCAAAAAGAUCAACUCCCACCGGUGGCUGUUCAACGCCUUUGGUCGCAUCCUGAACCCCGAGAUUUGCAUCCUUCUCGAUGCUGGUACCAAGCCCAGCCCCAAGUCUCUUCUCGCCCUGUGGGAGGGUUUCUACAACGACAAGGACCUGGGAGGUGCCUGCGGCGAGAUACACGCUAUGCUCGGAAAAGGGGGCCGCAAGCUCUUCAACCCGCUGGUUGCGGUGCAGAACUUUGAGUACAAGAUCUCCAACAUUCUCGACAAGCCGCUGGAGAGUGCCUUUGGCUACGUUAGUGUGUUGCCUGGUGCCUUCUCGGCCUACCGCUUCCGCGCCAUCAUGGGCCGGCCCCUCGAGCAGUACUUCCAUGGCGACCACACCCUGUCCAAGAUUCUGGGCAAGAAGGGCAUCGAGGGCAUGAACAUCUUCAAGAAGAACAUGUUCUUGGCCGAGGACCGCAUUCUCUGCUUCGAGCUCGUCGCCAAGGCCGGCCAGAAGUGGCAUCUCUCGUACAUCAAGGCUGCCAAGGGCGAGACGGAUGUCCCCGAAGGAGCUGCCGAGUUCAUCGGCCAGCGUCGCCGUUGGCUCAACGGCUCCUUCGCCGCCAGCAUCUACUCGCUCAUGCACUUCGGCCGCAUGUACAAGAGUGGACACAACCUGGUGCGCAUGUUCUUCCUGCACAUCCAGCUCCUGUACAACGUCGCCAACGUCAUCUUCUCGUGGUUCUCUCUGGCCUCCUACUGGCUCACCACCUCGGUCAUCAUGGACCUCGUCGGCAAGCCCUCCGAGCCCGGCCAGACCGAGCGCCACGGCUGGCCUUUUGGCGAUACCGUGACCCCCUUCCUCAACUCCGUCCUCAAGUAUGCCUACCUCGCGUUUGUCAUCCUGCAGUUCAUUCUUGCCUUGGGCAAUCGUCCAAAGGGCUCCAAGUACACCUACAUCACUUCCUUUGUCGUCUUCGGCAUCAUCCAAACGUACAUCCUCGUCUUGUCUGGCUACCUGGUAGCCCAGGCUUUCCAGAAGCCCAUCGGUGAUCAGAUCAACACGGACAAUGUCUCGGACUUCCUCGGAAGCGUGUUUGGCUCCAACGCCGACCCGGCCGGUGUCAUCAUCUUGGCUCUCUUUACCAUCUACGGUCUCUACUUCCUCGCGUCCUUCCUCUACUUGGACCCGUGGCACAUGUUCCACUCGUUCCCCUGCUACCUCGUGCUCAUGUCGACCUACAUCAACAUCCUGAUGGUCUACGCCUUCAACAACUGGCACGACGUUUCGUGGGGUACCAAGGGUUCGGACAAGGCCGAGGCGCUGCCCUCUGCCCAAGUCACCAAGGGCGAGAAGAACGAGGCCGUGGUGGAGGAGAUCGACCGGCCGCAGGAGGAUAUCGACAGCCAGUUCGAGCAGACUGUGCGCCGCGCUCUCGCGCCCUACCACGAGGAGAUCAAGCCGGAGCCCAAGGAUCUGGAGGACUCUUACAAGUCUUUCCGAACGUCCCUUGUCGUCUCUUGGCUCUUCUCCAACUGCCUGCUGGCCGUGGUCAUCACCAGCGAUAACUUCAACACCUUUGGCAUGGGCUCCAAUGCUUCCAGACGCCAGGCUUGGUUCUUCAAGUUCCUCCUCUUCGCCACCGCCUUCCUGUCUCUCAUCCGCUUCAUCGGCUUCCUCUGGUUCCUGGGUGUCUCGGGCCGUCUUGAAGAAACGUCGGGCGACUCGGUACAUUUUUGUUUUUACGAACGGGAGCCCCGCGCAGUCGGCAUCCGCGGGAGGGCAGAAAGCCGGGUUCAAGAUGUUGAAGAUUUGGUCCAUGGUAAGCCGGCGCCGAAGAAACGACGACGGGGCUCGCGGGCGCGCGCACACACACGGCGUCGCACGCAGGCUCCCCUUCCCCCCCCCGGAGAACACGAAGAAGAGAAGAAGGAGCAGCAGAAGGCUGAGAAUGCUGAGGGCGCUGCGGGCGGCAAGAAGAAGAAGGUGACGGCGGCGCAGCUGCGCGUUCAGAAAGACCUCUCAGAGCUGUCGCUGGGCUCGACGAUGAAGACCGAGUUCCCGGACCCCGACGACAUCCUCAACUUCAAGCUGAUCAUCGAGCCGGACGAGGGCAUGUACCGCGGCGGGCGCUUCGUGUUCAGCUUCAAGAUCAACCAGAACUUCCCGCACGACCCGCCCAAGGUCGAGUGCACGCAAAAGAUCUACCACCCCAACAUCGACCUGCAGGGCAAGGUGUGCCUCAACAUCCUGCGCGAGGACUGGAAGCCGGUGCUGAACCUGAACGCGGUUAUAGUGGGACUGCAGUUCCUCUUCCUCGAACCGAACGCGUCGGAUCCCCUGAACAAGGAGGCCGCGGAGGACCUGCGGGAGAACCGGGAGGUGUUCAAGCGGCACGUGCGCUCGUCGAUGGCCGGCGGCUCGGUCAGGGGCAACACCUACGAGAGGACGCUCAUCUAG